UCAGACUAAUAGGCGAGUGUCACAGCUGCGUGAACUUAGAGAAAGAGAGAAAGAGAGAGAGAGAGAGAGAGAGUGGUGGAUUACUGCGUCUGUACGGACUUCUACGAGACAACAUAAGCCUAUCCUGAAUAACAGAGAUUUCAAGCAAAAUGAAAGUGUUUGUCCUGUCCUUCUUAUGCUGCUGUCUGCUGCUCACUGUCACACCCAGCGUGGACAGUGCAAAACUAAACCUCAGCCAAGUCUUAAAAAGGAGCAUGGAGCUCCAGAGGAUGAAAAGGGAUCUGAGUAGUCUGUCCGCACUGAGAGAAGCAGAGCUCGGGCAAUUUGUUCGACCCGAUGAUGUCAAAGAUGCGAUGCUUCCACGUUCCAGCACUGGCAUCCUUGUGCGAUCCAAGCGCAACAAGAACUCCAUCAACCAGUCACGGAGGUCAGGCUGCUCACUGGGCACGUGCACCGUACACGACCUGGCACACCGGCUGCACCAGCUCAACAACAAGCUGAAAGUCAGUAACGCCCCCAUCGACAAGAUAAGCCCUCUGGGAUAUGGGCGCAGGCGCAGGUCGGUCCCCGAGAGGCAGAUGAAGAUGGGGUCGCGCCGCGCCUUCUUGCUAGCACGCUGGAUGAUGAAGAAGCAGGAGGCGCUGCUCAGACACACCUGAGCGGGAUGCGAAACCGAGAGGGACUAGAACGCUGAGGGACUGGAACUUCUGUUCUACCAAGUAUCUUGGACACUCUUUUGCAAGGCGAGCAGUUGGGGGGGGGAAAGCCGACAGCUGUUCCACGAGCACUGUGAACAAGAUACAGAAAGGGAGAAGAGUUCUGUGGUGGAGUACUGCAACCUUCUGGUUAUGAUUGGUGCACUGAUCCCCAGAGGAGUGUGGUGGAGUGUGGUGGAGUGGAGAUGGAGUGUGGUGGAGUGGAGAUGGAGUGGAGAUGGAAAUGGAGUGGAGAUGGAGUGGAGAUGGAGGGAAAAGCCCACAGGAUCUAAACUGAAGAGUGAGCCUCCUCUGACGGGACCGGAUUUCACUGCUCCUCAGGUGGACUAUACUUUGGGAUUAUGGGGACCCAGGUGCAUUCCUAGUGCACAAUCACUUCAACAAACUUUCUCAAAAAAAAACAACAACAAAAAACCAAACUAACUGUGGACUUUAAUCCAUCGUAUUCAAAAGGAAAAGAUGUGGAUUGUUUGUUCAUUCUGGGGAGAUCUGAAGGAUUUUUACGAAUACGAAUAAAACUCAAAAACUCUGUGUUCGGACACUGUAUGAUGGAUGAAUGCUUUAGAUUUCAAAAUGCCUUUCUCAGUCCUUACGGGAUUGUUAUGCUACUUGAACAUCAUUACUUUUACUAUUGUUAUUUUUGUUGUUAUUGUUAUUAUUAUUAUUAUUAUUAUUUUGUAUAGAGAUACGUGCAAUCUAUGUGUAUUUUUUUAUUCUCAGUAUUUGUAUAUAUAUGUCAAACAAAUUCAAGAUAUUGUUAUUUAAUUUGUUUUAUACUUCGUACUACUCAUAGAGAGCUAUUUUCGUACAGUAUGAAAGGUAUAUGGGCAUUGUUGUGUAUCUUUCGUUUGUGUUAUACGGUGAUAGAAAAUGUUUUAUAAGUGUAAUAAUAAUAUAUUUGUAAAUGUGGUCGAUUUGUGUUGUUGUCAUUUUUGUAUGUCGAAGUAAUGUAUGUUGUCAACAAAUAAACGUUAAAAAAGAAAAUCAAAAA